AUGGGGCUCACGCUGUUGGUGAUUGAUGCCGUCAUCCUCGUCGGUGCCUCGGCGUAUGCCUUGAUCAGCCUUGGCUACAUCGCAACCAUGUGGCACUUGCGGAAGAACUUUUUCAUCGUGCUGCGGCCUUUCUAG